UCCUCCGCCUCUUCCGCAGCCCCCCUUGCUGCCACGGCGAGUGUGACUCUGGUGAAUGCGGCGUGGGAGUUCACUCCUGACCGACUGCUGCAGGCUCUCUCAGACAACACUGACUUCACAGUGGUAGCAGUGGUGGGCCCUCCUUCCCUUGGCAAGUCGUCUCUCCUCAACGCCCUCGCUGCAGCACACAUCCCCGCCCAUGCCG